AUGUCGCCUACAAAAGAACCUUACUAUUCAGUGAUCUUCAUCUCCACUUUCAAAAACAACAUUGACUCUAAGUUGUAUUCCGAAAUAGGCAUGGAAAUGAUCCAAUUGGCCAAGAAACAACCAGGCUACUUAGGCAUAGACUCAGCCAGAGACCCGGACACCACAACUGGCAUUACGGUGUCGUAUUGGAAAGACGAACAGUCGAUUGCUUCCUGGAAAAAGAACCAGGAACAUUUAGUGGCCCAGAGAUUAGGUAGAACUUCAUUCUACAAGCAUUUUAAAACCAUAAUCUCCAAGGUUGAAAGAGAGUAUGAAUUUAAUGAAAAAUAA